CGAGUCUUUACAUUCAUGUCUGUGUUAUGCUUCAUCAACUGGCAUGACAAGAUCCUGUUGGUGCUGUCGCGCUGCCAGGCCGAGCCACCAUUUACACCGCCCAGCCUCACUUGGACAGAGUGAUCUGCUGGUGCCCCCACCCAGUGCUGUCAUCUGCCUCGACAUCCGCCCUACCCCUGCUGCCCUACCUGCAUCCCCUUCACUCAAAAACACAUUGGGCGCUCCUCUGCGACAUCUCCAUCUCUGUACCAUAUCGCAUCGCAUCGCCGCGCGCUACCGACCGAGCACGACCCAAGAUUCCGACAUGGCUUCGUAGUCUGUAUUCUCCCACGAGUCGUACAGCUGUCAGAACUCCAGGCCUCGCCAUCAUGGCUACAGUGGUCCGCAUCUGCGUCUGCGGCGACGAAGGCACCGGCAAGUCGAGCCUGAUCGCCUCGCUUGUCAAGGACGUCUUCGUUACCAACAAGAUCCAGUCUGUUCUGCCACAGAUCACAAUCCCUCCUAGCAUCGGCACGCCCGACAACGUCACAACCACAAUCAUCGACACAUCGGCCCGGCCACAGGAUCGAAAUACUUUGCGCAAAGAGAUUCGCAAGUCCAACGUCAUCCUCCUUGUAUACUCCGACCACUACAGCUAUGAGCGCGUUGCCCUUUUCUGGAUGCCCUACUUCCGCUCGCUCGGGGUUAACGUCCCUGUGGUUCUUUGCGCCAACAAGUGCGACUUGACCGGAGACAGCUCUACGCCGCAAGUCUUUGAGGAGGAGAUGCUCCCCGUCAUGAACGAGUUCCGCGAGAUCGACUCAUGCAUUAGAGCAAGCGCCAGGGAGCACAAUAACGUCAACGAGACCUUCUUCCUCUGCCAAAAGGCUGUUACACACCCUAUCGCGCCCUUGUUCGACUACAAGGAGGGGCACCUCAAGCCAGCAUGUGCUUCUGCCCUGAAGCGCGUGUUCUACCUGUGCGACAAGGAUCAGGAUGGCUACCUCAGUGAUGAAGAGAUGCACGACUUCCAGGCAAAGUGCUUCAAUAAGCCUCUCACAACUGAGGAUCUCAACAACAUCAAGCUCUCCAUCGCGAAGUCGAUACCAGGAUCGUAUACCGAAAAGGGGAUCGAUUUGGAAGGUUUCCUACAGCUCAACAAGAUGUAUGCGGAAAAGGGUCGCCACGAAACCAUCUGGAUCAUUUUGCGCAAGUUCCACUACACGGAUAGCUUGAGCUUGGAGGCCAGCUUCAUCAGCCCGAAGUUCGAGGUUCCCGAAUACUCCUCGGCAGAGCUGAGCCCCGCGGGAUACAGAUUCUUUGUCGACCUGUUUCUGCUAUUCGACCGGGAUAACGAUGGCGGGCUCAACGACUACGAGCUCGCAGCGUUGUUUGCCCCCGCACCAGGCCUUCCCCCAUCGUGGGAAGAAUCUGGUUUCCCUUCCUCGACUGUUCGCAACGAAGCCGGUCACGUCACUCUUCAAGGUUGGCUAGCACAAUGGAGCAUGACCACAUUCUUGGAGCCCAAAACCACGCUCGAGUACCUUGCGUGGCUAGGUUUUGAACCGUCCAACCCAAGAGACCCUCUCACUUCUGCUCUCAAGAUAACGAAGCCUAGGAAACGAAGGAGGCGGCCAGGUCGCGUCGAGCGCAACGUGGUCCUAUGCUACGUCAUUGGUGCCCCCGGCGCAGGCAAGUCAUCGCUACUCGACUCGUUCCUCAACAGGCCAUUUGACAUCUUGUACCGGCCAACAAUCAAGCCUCGCAGGGUAGUGAAUAGUGUAGAACUGCAUGGCGGAAAGCAGUGCUAUUUGAUUCUGGAAGAGCUAGGAGAGCUGGAGCCUGCGAUAUUGGAGAAUCAGGCCAAGCUCGACACCUGCGACUUGAUAUGCUACACAUACGACUCCUCAGACCCGGACUCGUUCUCGCACAUUGUCAGUCUGCGCAAGCGCGUGCCUCAGCUCGACGACUUGCCGGCGAUUUAUACUGCGCUAAAGGCCGACAAGGACAAGACGACACAGAGGAGUGAGCUUCAACCCGACCAGUACACUUCUGGGCUGAUGAUGAGCACCCCGCUACAUGUUAGUGUAACAUGGAACAGCAUUGGUGAGCUUUUUGUGGCGCUGGCAGAGGCUGCCACAAACCCGAGUACGGGCUUUCCCAAGAACGAAGAACCGCCACCAGACAGGUCAGGCUUGUAUCUCGCUCUCGGUGCAACCACUUGUGCCGGCGUGGCCGCGUUCAUGAUCUGGAGGCGGUCUGCCAACUCAAUAUAGUCGCGGUUGCCGUGUUUCCGGCCAGUCCUCACCGACAGCCUCAGGCGGUGACUCUGCCCCAACAUGGCCCAUGGUGCUUCGUGAUGUUGCGAUCUCGUCUUUUCGACAAGCGAGUCCGGAUCAUGCUCUUACCUUGCGGCCUCGACCAGCACGCGCUGGAAGCGUGCCAGUCCCACUCCACUCAACCUAGCUUUCACGAACAUAAGGCAUCUUUACAGACAGACACACCCACAAGCACAAACAUACCCACUCUUGUACAUAUAGCGGUCCUGGCCGGGCCACAUACAGAGCCCUUCGUAGUCAUAAUACAAUAAUCUAGUCUCAGAGCCUGUGGGCCAGCUGAUGGAUCAAGACAUCAUUUGCGCGGAACCUCCUGGUCUCACACGAAAUUGCCAUGCAGCCGUGGGCGUGUGGGCGAAAAUGGAAAUGUGAUGCAGACGA